AUGCCGGGGACUGCUCAGCCUCAGAGCGAGAUCGACACGAGUGUUGCAGCUGAAUCGCUAGAGCUCCAGGAUGACAAGACCCUCACUGACUACACGCUCCACAUUAGGGUUCAUCGUCUUCGAGGCUUUGGUGUUUCUCUACUGAUGACUCUCGUGCUGGUCGGUGCGAUGCUGCCCUUUGCUCGCGAUGGGAUACGCCUAAAAACCUUCCAAGCGGGGGACAUGGAGCCUCCACGACAGAAGGAAAUGCUGGACAAGUACAACUCCAUCUCCGGCGGACUCACUGUGUUGCUGACCAAGCCUUUGGACGUAUUUCUAAGCAUGGUGGUGACUGUCGCUCUGCUCUGUAUUGCGACCAAGUACAGUGUUCACAAUGAAACUCAACGCAGAUACGUCGUUAUGGGGAUCAUCGCUGUCGUGGGCUAUUUAAUGAACACUGGCUUCGUCGCCCUCAACGUUCAAGUGGUUUCCGGUCCGAUCCAUCCCCGGAUUAUCUCGGCCGACCUCGCAGUGCAGAAUGUGUACGAUGACACGCAACAACUCGAUGGCGAUGGGUUAUUGACAACCACGAUGAACACAAACUUCCGCGAAGAUAACCCAGAAGAAGUCCCGACGUGGUGCAACCACACCGACGACUACCCAAAUCCUUUCAAGCACGUCGUGGCUAGUUAUGGCUUCCCCCCGCGAACGUGGCAGCAGUACGCGCUCCCUCGAGCGGUAGAGCCGACUGCAUCAUUAAAUUUGUCGAUGAGCGCAUCAGCAGCGGAUGUUCCACCGGACGAAGACCUCCCUAUGGACCAAUCUGUCGCUACGAACCUCAUUGUGUACGCUUUGUUGGUGAGCAACAGUUUUCUCGGUUGGUGGGGAGCUGAAGACGAAGCAUCGACGCUUAACACGAAGGUUGAUCCUACAGGAACACUAUCAAUGGCUGAGCAUUUCAACUUGACAACCCGCUCAUCAUCGAAUGCGACCUUUUUGAGCGAUGCUCACGCGGUGAUGGUUGACUACUUCAACAAGGCGGAGAACGCUAGCUUAACUGAUGAGCUGACGACAGUGGAGUUUUCCCGGGUUAACGUAACGGAGUCGAUUGUAUUUGACGCCAUGACUAUUGAGAUUCCUACAGAGAAGUUUGGUGAUCAAGAGGAUAAUUUGUCGAGCUCGAAUCCGUUCUACGAAACACUUCGUGACUAUUUGUGCAACGCCGAAGCCUGCCUCAUGCCGUACGCGGAGGAGUUUACGGCGGCUGGAACGACAACGACAGUGUAUCCACGCGUGCAGGCUCUUGCAAUCUGUCUAAAUGACGCGGGCGGGGAGGAUUUGGUCGUGGACUUCAGCUACUACCAGUCGAACCAACCGUUGCAGUCGUGCAAGCAGCGUUCAAAUUCCUCCAUGGUCAUCGUAAGCGUCGGUAAAUGCAUCCAAGGUGACGCGUUUGAGGCUGCUUCGGGUGUGUUAAAUGAAGCUAGCCGGGUCGUGAAUGCUUGA